AUGCAAUUCAACAUCCUCCUCACCCUGUCCGCCCUGAUGGCUCUGAGCAGCAACGCCGCAGCUCAACCCCCUGUCCGCCUCAAUGGCCUCGGUGCACCAAGCCAAGGGUUCCCAUCUAGCCAAACUCCAGGCCCGUCCAGCACGCCAACUCCCACCCCAGUGAAGGGACUAGCCACGCCAACCCCAUUCCCCUCUUCAACACCUGUCUUUUCCACCCUAGUACCACACAUUGCUCCCUCCAAGACACCUAGCUCGUCCAUCGGGGUACCGCACCCUAGCAUCUCGCCUUUCUAA